AUCAAUCAUUAAAAUGUUGUAAACCCAAUUCCAGAUCAAAAGUGAAAUGUUCACAUUAAAACUACUUUUAAUACUUCAAAUAUUCACUGUAAACUGGAGGUUGUUUCAAUUUCAACAUUUACAACCCACAUUUAACAAAGUUCCCUGUAGUAAUGAUCAUAAUUGUAACUACUACCAAGCCGAGGAAGGAUUCCAGUGUUCUUUAUGUGCUGAGGACAAAACCAAAGAAAAACACUGCCUCGCUACUUUCUUAGACAAAAGAUGGUUUCUUGAUGAGUGUGAAUUGCCAAAGACCUGCAACAUGGGAUGUAAUAACAAUGGGAAAUGUGUUAUUGAAAAAGACUACAAGCAAGGGUGUGUCUGUCCUCAGGGAUUCUAUGGCCAGUUUUGCGAGUUUCCUGCUAAAAUAGGCCAAGAAUAUUUCCGCAUGAUCCAGUGGCAUAGAAAAAAUGCAUUUGUAAAGCCUGGAGAAAUAACAAGGUUCUAUUUCAAGAUUGAUUGUGAUGCCAAAUUAGCCCGUACUGGAGUGAAUAGGAUGUUUAAAACUGGAUUGGGGAAUAUAGUUAAUUUAGGAGAGGCUGGAAAAAGAGGACAUGCUCCAGACUUUUCCGAGAACACGGAUGAUCCUUCGCUAACAGUUCAGUUUGAGGACUACAUUGACAUGCAGUACCCCUAUUUACUGCCAGAAAACGAGUAUGGGGUGACUGUGCUGAAGAUGAACAACAAGCUGAAAGGAUAUUUGUCUGCACUAGAUGUUAAAAUUAAGACUACUCCUUUUACGUAUGCAUAUUACACUUAUAAAGUAUUUGUCAAUUAUGAUCACAUCCCAGUAAUGAAAUGCAUUCCGGUCAUACGGCUAACAAACUGCGCAAGAACACAUUUUAACUCGUCAAAAUCAGUUUUCCAUCGUAAUGAGAACAUUAUCAUCAAACACAAUGUAAAAUUUUUGGAGGACGGAGCUUACUUGUCAACAGCAAAAGAGAAUCGACAGAAAUGCACAAUGGAGGACACGACCUGGAUAUGGACAUGGUCCAAGUGUAAUGAUAAUAGGAGAACUACAUUUCAAGGAGAUGGAGAAAUGAUUGAAGAAGGAAGCGCAAUUGGAAACAUCCGUAUAUUUGAAAAGUUUACCCUCGGUAUCGGAAAGUAUCGGGUAAAUCUUAGGAUAAAAAGAGUAAUACAAGCUUCUACAAAUGAAAAUUUUGACGAGUGUUAUUUUCAAGUGAAACCAUUACCCCUUAAAGCAGUAAUCGAAGGUGGAGAAGUAAGGAGGGUUAUGAAGAAUACUGGAGUGUCCCUGGUUGCAAAACAUUCCUACGACCCAAACCAACCAUCAACCGACCAGAGUUCUCUUAUGAUACUUUGGACAUGCGAAUGUUUAACAAAACACAUCCAGAAUUGCGAGGAUACUUGCAAAAUGAACAAGAAUAAUCCUGUUUGGUUAUCAGCCAACCAGGAAUUCUUUUUAUACUCAACUCAGCUGCAGUACAAUGCAGAGUAUAAGUUCACCCUGACUGUGGACAGCACAAUCAGGUAUAAAGACACAAAGAUAGCUCCUCAGUUCAGUUAUGUUACCAUCAAAGUGGCUAAUGAGUCUGACAUUGCAGUGACUAACUAUUUUAUUGCAUGCGUGAUAAACUGUUUAAAAGAUGGGACUCUGCCCAAUGAAGUGUUGUUUUUGAAAGCAAAAGUCUCUGUGAUAGGAAAGUCAAAGAGCAAAGUAAACAAGAGUAUGAAAUUUAACUGGGUUUACUCAAAGGAAAAUGAUUCAGUGCUCCAUCCAGUGGAUUCAAUUUUGCUUACCACUGACCUUCCUACCAGUAUGCUAGCGAUCAAGGAAGGUUCUUUUACACAAGGGGUGACCUACACUAUCAUGCUUAGAGAAUAUGAUAACCCAGAACAUGUUGCACAAUACAGCUUCAAAAUGUCUUCCAUACAUUAUGAGGGAGGCUGCAGAGUAGAGCCUGAGUCAGGAGUGAAAGGACUCACACCGUUUGAUAUCAUCUGUGAUGGAUUUGAAGGUCUGGUUUAUGAAUUUUAUGAUAAAAGUGAAGAAGACGUGGCUGAAAACUUGGUUUUUAAUGGCAGAAUGCUUGGAACCUCUGAGUUUCAUGGAGUCCUGAAUGAUGUAAGGAUAACAAGAGGACAUAUUGUCAUCUAUAUAAUAAACAAAAUCAGCGGAUUAUAUAUAGAAAAGAGUCUGAAAGUGCAGCUGUCACCAUGGAAUAUAAGUGAUCAGCGAAUGAAGGAAAUCAGAAAAAACCUUACUUCUACAGUAAAUCUAAACGAUUUGUCAUCUAUAAUGAACUACAUCUCAUUCAUUCCUGAUACUUUGCCUGAGCAAGUAAAUAAACAUGAAAUGCUGAGUUUGCUUCUAGAACCUAUCUCGCAGGUUACACUCAACACAGUGGCGGAUGUGAAACUAAGUGCUUCAACAAUGAAAAUCGUUUUACAAACACUAAAUAGGCCUACACCUUUAAACGUUGACUUGGGACUCAUUUCAAAGACAUUGGCUUUAGUAUCAAGUCAGACUGAAAUCAUUGUAAAUGCUGUAAAAAAUAGAGGGACAUUGCAAUGGACGUCUUCGCAGGAAGUUAAACUUGUAGCGACAGCUCUGCUUGAAUGUCUAAACACAGCUCUUAAAUGUGAAAGCGUAAAGACUAGUGGACUGUCUGAAGAAAAAACUGGUUUUGACACCUUGUUUUUGUUGAGACAAAAUGCAAAAGAAAAUAGUGAGAUACUUGAUAAAGUUAAAGACAUUCUUUCCUACAUUCAGGCCCCAGGACUGCCACCUAAUAAAUUGGCUACUUUUGACAAAUCAUUUCAAAUUUGGACCAUGGGAAAUGAUGAAGAGUAUCCAGUAACAGAAAUGUUGAAGAAGGACGACACAAUUCCAUUUUCUGCUUCGAAACACCAUUUGCAGACUUAUUCAAAAAGCAAAAAUAAUGACAUUGACUUAUUUUUUCAGGUUGCAUCAAUUGACAGAAACGUCUUUUCUUGGUCAAAGUCAGAUGUUAAAUCUAAACUCGUUUCCUUGAGCAUGGCUGUUAAGAAAGGAGAUCAUUUAAAUAAAGUAAAACUACUCUCAUCGCCUAUUUAUGUACGACUCGGGAUGGAAAAGAAUUUGGCCAACACCACUGUGAAGGGAAGUGCUCUUCAGUUAGAUCCACGGUUGGAUCCUGACACUCUUGAUAUAAGAGUUACUGUACAUAGAAUAGACUGUCCACCUAAAGGGUUCAUAACAAUACGCUUCAUCUACCCUCCAACAAGUGAUUCUUUACGGGUACUUGUGUUAGAAAACUACAGACCAGACUACGAGUUAAUGACCCAGUCCAAAGAUGUAGUGAUCAUAAACUCCUCCUAUACAGUGUACCCGAUAAACCAUCGGUCAAUAGACGUACCAAUGUUUUUGUACAUGGGUGUACUGCCUGUUGAGAGUGCCUCAGUCAAUCACACUGUGAAUUAUGAGUUUUUGGUGACAACAAAUCUUUGUCAACUGUGGAUUGAGGGCCAAUGGAGUUCAAUAGGCUGUGUGGUAAGCACAGACACCACAUCGGAGGAGACGGUUUGUGCGUGUAACCACUUGUCGAUAUUUGCUGCGGCAUUCCCCGUCCCUCCUCAGAGUAUAGAUCCUCUUGGAGACGCCAGGCUUUUCCUUACAGUCCUGGAAAACCCUCUGGUGGUAGCGUUUGUAAUCGUUAUAUUCAUACUUUAUCUGCUUCUGGUGCUCUGGGGCCGGCACAAGGACAAUGUUGAUCAGUAUAAGGGGAAAGUUGUUGUGCUGGAUGAUAACUUCCCAGAAGACACGUACCCGUACUUGGUGGCAGUUCACACCAGUACAAGGUUCAAUGCUGGCACCACGGCACAUGUUGGCAUCAAACUUGCGGGAAAGGAAGGAAAUAGCAGAGCUCAUAUUCUGUCGAGUGAGAGGCGGAGAGUAUUGACAAGAAAUUCUGAUGAUUGGUUCAUGUUGUAUACACCAAAGUCCUUAGGCAGUAUUUAUGGUAUACAUAUAUGGCACGACAACUAUGGAUCAAGUCCAGAAUGGUUUUGCGAUAAAAUUGUCGUAUAUGAUUUGACUCGACACACAGAGUCAGUUUUCAUGGUGGAACAGUGGCUGGCGCUACGCGAAGGAGACUACCCAGAAGCCAAUCUUGUGAUUGCAACCGGCCAAGAAAUGCUCAACAUAAAGCGAAUGUUUUUGGACAACGCCAUUCUUGGAUUCCGAGACACACAUGUAUAUCUCAGUGUGUUUGUCAGACACCCCCGCAGUGAAUUCACCCGAGUGCAGAGGAUCAGUGUGUUGAUGUGUUUACUAAUGGUGGCUAUGUUGUGCUCCAUCAUGUUCUACACACCGAAUGACAAUGUCAGCCCUACUGAUGAUUAUCAAUAUGAUGUUGGAAUGAGAGAGAUUAUAAUCAGUGUAGAAAGCCUCGUCAUUACUGCAACUCUAACCCUCGGAAUGUUGUUUGCAUUCAAGAGGAGUUAUAAAACAUUCCAUGAACGUCUGCAUACCACUAGGCAGUACAGGAGAGAUGAGAUCGCAGAGGCAAUAUCUCAGAUAUCUGAUGACUCGAGAGUCAGAAGUCCCGUGACAAAAGACGCUCACAGUCAACUCUCCACCGCUCAGGAUAAAUCGUUUUACCAGAACUACGUCCGAUAUGUAUCUAAGUUCCUCAGAGGACCUCCCUUGGCCCCGGUAUAUCUGUGGGAAGGAGAGAGGAGGAUACAAAAAAGGAAGAUUUGGUACACAUUAGCCUGGGUGUCUUGCAUUACAAUCAUGGUCUUUGCCGCAUACCUGGUCAUGCUGUAUGGACUCAAGCUGGGGCUGAUCCAGAGCCAGAAGUGGCUGACGGCCGUGGUCAUGUCCAUAGGAAUGGACAUCUUCAUCAUGGGCCCGGGCAGGAUCAUAACCAUGGCCAUACUUUUGUCUAUGGCUUUUCAGACUUCUACUAAAGUGGACCUUCAUGGGAUAGCAUUGGAAGAUGCCAUACUUGCUCGUCCGAAAAAUGAAGUGGAUUAUUUAAACAUCCUUCUGGCGAAAAGAAGUCAUCCAAUGUACGCACCACUUACUGUGUCUGCCAGAGGGUCUUUGCUGAAGAGGAAGAAGAUAAGACGCAAGUGGUGGAACCUGAUUGACUUUGUGAAUGCUGUGAUCUACGUCACCAUAGUGAGCACAGUGAUAUAUCGACUGUGGAUAUCUCACUAUCAUGGAGUGAACCACCUACACAAGGUGUUCUCACACGUUCACAGAAGGGAGUUUGACAUCUCAAAUAUUAACGAAAUAAAAAAUGUGUCUAUGGUUGAAAACUACAUGGAGUUUACUUUUGUUGAAGUUCUGUUUGACUUGUGGUGGUACAACAAACAGUUAUUGUCAAGUGGAAAUGGAACUGAACCAGAAGGUAUCCGACGUUACUGGAUAGAAGAUGGACUUCACAAGGCAAUAAGCAAACCACUCAUUCGGCAAGUUAGGGUUGUACCUUAUGCAUGCAGAAAUGUGUAUUUCUCCACAAAUAAAACCAAGAACUGUCUGCUGAAAUGGAGUUUGCGAAACAAAGACAAAAAUGUCUAUGGAGAAAAAUGGGUCCCUGCUACAUACUUGGAUACAACCAAAGUUGACUCACCUUGGGAGUACAGAGAGAGAUCAACUAUCUUCUGGUGGACAAACGAACGGUUUUAUGGUGCUCACGGAAGAUUAUACGAUGUUAGUGGUUACGGGACAUAUCUCGGCCCAACCCUGCAAGAAGCCCAAAGAACACUGGCUGAACUACGGGAGAACCUUUGGCAAGACUGGUAUACGAGGGCAUGUUUUCUGUCUACCACUGUGUACAACGUUAAUGAACAGACGUUCACACAGAUCACAACCCUCUUUGAGUACUACGUGGACGGCUCCAUGUAUGCCACCAUUACGACAAUCCCCGUUUCCAGAAUCAUACUGAUCGGUGUGUGGGAAUUUUUAUUCUUAUUCGCCGCAGUUUACUAUGUGUUCCGCAGUGGCUACCUGAUAAACCGUUUGGGACUCAUAGACUACCUGAAAAACUUAAACAACAUCACUCGAGUGAUCAACGUGUUCCUCGCAUUUCUGGCUGUUAUAACUUGGUGUGUCCAUCACACCACAUCCAUUAAAUACUCUGAGAAAUUCAUGAAAAGUGAAGAAAACGAUUACUUUGACUUUGACAGAUUUAUAGGGACUUUCAGUUUUCUGCAGAUAAUACUUUCUUUACUCCUGUGUUUCGCAAUCAGUCGCGCCUUCAUGUGUAUGCGGGGAGGAAGAAGGUUUUUGAAUGCUUACUACGCUUUCAUUAUAUCUCUUACAGUAUUGUUUUGGCUGGCCCUACACCUCCUAUUAUUGCUUUUCAUUUUCAAGAGACUACAAUAUUUCCUGGAUUGCCAAAACUAUUUUAGGACAAAAGAACUGAGUUUAACAACUAAAAUGACAUUGUUUUUAAACCCUAGUCUUUUGGAAAAUCUAAAUGUACGAAUUUUUGUUUUGUUAAGAGUAGUAGGAAUGUUCUUUGUUCGCACGCUAUUUAUAGUUUUGUAUCUGUAUUUUAGUAGGAUUGCUAAAGCCUAUAAUCCUAAAGACUCCGACAGCUUCAAUUUUGUUCUGUUUGUCAUAGAGAGGUCAAAAAGAUGUUUAAGCCGUGAUAGAAAUAGGUAUUAUUAAAUUAACUCAAUUCUAUAUGAGUAAGCUAACUGAAAUAUAUUUUGUCAUAUAUUAUGUAUAAUGUUUUUCAGUAAUGAAUGUAUGGUAAAUAUAAAUAAUUGUAUUAAAAAUG